GGAGAAGAUGCAUGUCCUGUUCAGAAUCUGAUGUUUUCAAUACUAUUCUAGAAGAACAUGGUGCCCUAGAGAAACAUACUAAACAUGAACGAAGCAGUUCCCUCAUGGGAAGAAUCAAGAAGUUCCAGUGUACAGGGACCAUUGUGUACUUCUGCAGAUCUCGUGGCCAUGGAUUUAUAAAGCCGGACAAGGAGAUGAAGGAGGGAGGUGAAGAGGAGGGGAAGGAGGAUAAAGAACCGGAAAACAUAUUCGUUCAUAUCUCAGAUAUUGAUAAUGAUUUUGAGCCAAGAGCUGGAGAUAGGGUUGGCUACCAAAUCCUUCCUAUGCCCCCAAAGUUUGAGAAAUAUCAGGCUGUGCACGUUCAUGUGAUUGGAAUGACCCAGCAGCGGCACAAGGCCUGGACUAGCAUGCAGACACCAGAAGAGAUUCAGCAGGAGACUAUCGAGAUGAAGAAGGAUGUAAAGGAUACAACUCCUGCAGCUGCUGAUGUUUAAUUCUUGAACCAAAUAUCAUCAAAAUAUAAAAUCUGAAUUUUUUAGUGUGUCAAUUUUAUUGUUUACUUUUACCCAACCUGUACAAUGUACAGUGUACAUUAUAAUUGUACAUUGUACAGUAUAAAAUGGCUAGUGUAUUUAACUACUGUGUACAGAGCCAUAUUCCAGCCAUAUUUAUGCAAUAUUUUUUUUAAUAAACUAUUUUAAUCAUUGUAA